AUGGCGAUGAAUUUUGGGGACCGUGCCAGCGGGUUCCGCCACAAUGAUGUGAUCAGGUUCAUUAACAAUGAAGUCCUCACGGACCGCAGCGGCCCAGCCUUUUACGUGGCCUUCCGCUCGCGGCCAUGGAACGAGGUAGAGGAUGGGCUUCGGGCCAUUGUCGCUGACUCGCAGGUGCCGCGCGCUAUCAAGAGGGCCUGCACCUGGAGCGCGUUGGCUUUGAGUGUGCGAGUGGCCGCGAGGCAGCGGGAGCAGAUGCUGUAUCACGUUCGGCGGCUGCAAAGGGAUGUGGAGGAGCGCCAGGUGACCUCCUGGGCUCUAACGUCCCAGUUGCAGCAGCUGCGCCUGGAACAUGAGGUGGCGGCAACACAGCUGCACCUUGCGCAGGCUGCCCUGCAGCAGGCGCUGAAUGAGCGUGAUCGGCUGUACAGGAGGCUGCUCCAGGUCGAGAGGUUUCCCCAGGCUGCUCCAUUGGCCCAUGAAAUAAUGUCUGGGCCUCAAGCAGAGCAGAAUGGGGCUGCGGCAUGUCCCCUGGCUACAGAGCAGCAGAGAGAUAUGGUGGCCAUGGGGACACAGGCUGAUGCCCAGAUGCCAACCCCAACAGAUGCUCUUUAUGUGCCAGGACCUCUGAGUCUCUGGGCCUGGGGCAUGCAACCUCCUCUGCCAGUGCCACAUCCAUCCCCACUCCCACCACGAUUUCCAACGGAAUUCCCAUUUUUGCCACCUCUACCACCUGCUGUAGUCAUGGGGGCAGCAGCAGCAGCAGUCCCACUUCAGAUGCCUCCUACUGAGAUCCACCCACCUUGCCCGUGGCCUGCAGUAGGCUUCCAGGAGGAGAUGACCCCUCAGUGGUACCAGAGAAGCUACAUCCAGGAGGAAGGUUCCAAAAUCCUUCAGGGGUCAUUCCCCUUAGAAGACAGCAGAAGCCACAGUCAGGGAGAAGGUUCAGAGAGGUCCGAAAGAAUGCCCCUCCCUGGGGACAGUGGGUGCCACAACCCGCUGUCAGAGAGUCCCCAGGGGACAACCCCACUGGGGAGCAGCGAAUGCCACUCCCAGGAAGAAGGUACAGAAAGACCCCAGGGGAUGGUUCCCCUGGGGAACAUAGAAAGACAAAAUCAGAAAGAAGGUCCAAAGAGGGCCUGGAGGAUGCGCACCCUGGUGUUUCGCAGGAGCCGCAAACCAGAAGGUUCAGAGAGGCCUCAGGGGACUGUCCCCCAGGAAGACAGAAGUUACAGCCAGGAAGGAAGCCCAGAGAGGGCCCAGGGGAUGGCCACCCCAGUGCUUAGCAGGAGCUGCAAACCAGAAGAAGGUCCAGAGAGACCCCAGGGCACUCCCCUGGGGGACAGCAGGAGCCAUGGUGUCAGAGAAAACCCAAAGAAAUGGCAACGUCGGAGGCAGAAGGCCAAGAAACCAAAAGUGAAUAAAGUCUCAGGAUCCCAGCAACAGGAGAAGCCUGCCUCAUUUCCAAUUCCAGUGAAUUGGAAAUGCCCAUGGUGUAAAGCCAUUAAUUUUUCAUGGCGUACAGCCUGCUAUAAAUGCAAGAAAGCCUGUGUGCCAUUUGAGAGUGGAGGACAAACUCACUGA